AUGUUCCUGCAUUCGGUACAUUUUGGAAUUAAAAUGACAUUAUAUAUGUCAGGUAACAUUACAGACUUCAGCACAGCAAAUUCAUCUCUUGAUGAUAAUAGUGAGAAACAGCUGACAAAUCUUACAGCCACAAUGGUACUUUUACUAACCCUAGUCUCUCUUCUUAUUUGUAUCACAGUCCUAGGCAAUACCCUUGUGAUACUAGUAUUUAUUGUGGACAAUAGACUUAAAAACCAAAGUAAUUUCUUUCUUCUAAACCUGGCAAUCUGUGAUUUUUUCAUAGGAGCUUUCUGUAUACCUUUGUACAUACCAUAUUUGUUCAGUGGUAAAUGGAUGCUGGGAAAUUUUCUUUGCAAGUUAUGGCUAAUUGUUGAUAAUCUUAUGUGUACGGCUUCAGCAUUUAAUAUUGUUCUUAUCAGCUAUGAUAGAUUUCUCGCUGUCACUAUGGCUGUUUUAUAUCGUGCUCAGCAAAAGAAACUUGGUCAAACUAUUUUCAAAAUGGCUUUAGUCUGGAUACUGUCUUUCAUGCUUUACAGCCCAGCUAUACUUUUUUGGGCACAUGUGGAUGAUGACAUUUCUAUUCCUGAUAGCAUUUGUGUUCCUGGAUACUUUUAUAGCUGGUACUUUCUGCUAGGUGCAUCUGUGUUUGAUUUUCUUCUACCAUUAAUAAGCAUUUCAUUUUUUAAUGUGAGCAUUUACUGGAACAUUAAAACAAGAAGCAAAAAGAAAAGACUGAUUUAUUCUGUGAUAGAUACUCCACCAUCAAAUGAACAAGACCAGCAGAAGCUGUACAUUAUAUCAGGAAAUAUAGCUAUUGAUGGAAUAAAGACCUUGAAUAAACCUACAAAUAAGAAACCUAAUCUCUUUCUUCCAAUAGUUAAAAAAUGCCUUCCCAGAAAUUUAACAGGUACUUCAAAACAUCAGCAGAAACUCAUAAAUAACAUCCACAUCAUUAAGCUGUCACAUGACAAGGAAAUUGCUAGAUCACUUGCAAUUCUAGUUUGCAUUUUUGGAAUUUGCUGGGCACCUUACUCACUUCUCAUGAGCAUAAGAGCAGCCUGCCAUGAUCAUUGUAUUGAACUGUACUGGUAUGAAGUUACUUUUUGGCUACUAUGGGUUAAUUCAUCAAUUAAUCCUAUCCUUUACCCACUGUGCCACAAACAUUUCAGGAAAGCUCUCUUUAACGUAGUUUCCAGAUGUGGACAACAUAUAUUAAGAUAG